UCAUACUCGAAACUGGAGAAACGAUUCCGAUUUCUUCGGUGAUUGUGGGCGAUAAGGUUUGCGUGGAUGCUAAUAACGGAAGGUUAGAAUUUUCGGAAGUGUACCUGAUAGCGCAUUAUGACCCUGAGACGGAAACUGAGUUCUUGAAGAUUGAAUUCACUUCACCAAGGACUGGAUUAACCGAAUCAGUGACACUUUCACCAGAUCAUCACAUAUUGGACAACAAUAACUUUGAUUUCGCGAGAAACGUGCAGCCUUAUUCAUCUCAACUUCGAGUGCUCAACGGGUCACAAAUGGUAUAUGUUCGUGUUGCUGACGUGACAAAGGAAACUCAUAAAGGUUAUAUUGCAAUAUUUACACGUGCCGGCACUCUGGUGGCCGAUAAUGUGAUGUGUUCAUGUUACGCGUCAGUUGUGCCAUAUCAAUCUACUAUAAAUACAGUUUUGGCCCCAUUAAUGAUCUCCACCAAGUUAAAGAAGUCAAAUUAUGAUGGUAAGGACGCGCACCCAUAUUUGGGAUUUCUGUAUAAUAGGUAUCGAGAUGUGAAUCGAAUAAUUGGAAAGGUCACUGGAAAAUAA